AAAAAUAAACGACGUUUCCUGUUUAUCAUCUGACAGUUUCAACACAAGGAAGGGCGUCAGAAAACUCAUCUCAACAUUUGGCUGUCAUCAUGGGGGCUUGUAUGGCCUUGUGCUCUUUAGCCAGCUGUCUUCUUUUUGCUGCUGGGGACCUUUGUGUCUGUCAUCAUGAUUCUUCCCGGAAUGGAAGCUCAGCUACGCAAAAUUCCAGGAUUUUGCCAAGGAGGGAGUACUAUCCCUGGUGUUGAAAACCAGUUUAACUGUGAUGUCAUUGUGGGCUACAAGUCUGUGUAUCGCAUGUGCUUUGCCAUGACGUGCUUCUUCUUCCUCUUCUUCAUCAUCAUGAUUCGCGUCCGUAGCAGCAAAGACCCCCGUGCUGCUAUUCAGAAUGGUUUCUGGUUCUUUAAAUUUCUGAUCUUAGUUGGGAUUACAGUGGGAGCCUUUUUCAUUCCCGAUGGGACAUUUCAUACUGUGUGGUACUAUUUUGGAGCAGCAGGUUCCCUCUUCUUCAUUCUGAUCCAACUCAUUCUCCUCAUCGACUUUGCUCACUCCUGGAACAAAGUGUGGGUAGAAAAGGCUGAAAAUAAUGACAACAAGUGCUGGUAUGCAGGCCUGCUGACUUUCACACUCCUGUACUACGCUCUGGCUUUCACCGCUGUUGUACUGUGUUAUGUUUACUACACAUUACCAGAUGACUGCACAGAACACAAGGUUGUCAUCAGCCUCAACCUGAUCUUCUGUAUCAUCAUCUCGAUUGUCUCCAUCCUACCUAAGGUUCAGGAAGCCCAGCCAAACUCCGGCCUGCUGCAAGCUUCCCUUAUCUCCCUCUACACCAUGUACAUCACUUGGUCUGCAAUGACCAAUAAUCCAAAUCGAAAGUGUAACCCCAGCCUAUUGAGCCUGGUGUCGAACGUCAGCACCCCCGCGACCUCUGCUGACACAGGUCAUUCGCAGUGGUGGGAUGCUCAGAGCAUUGUUGGCCUCAUCAUCUUCCUCCUCUGCACGCUCUACGCCAGUAUCCGUUCAUCCAGCAACACCCAGGUGAACAAGCUGCUGCAAACGGAAGAGGGUGGUGGAGCAAGUGGAGAUGGUGAGGUGGGGGAGGGCGGCGUACGCAGGGCUGUGGACAAUGAGGAGGAUGGGGUCACGUACAACUACUCAGCCUUCCACCUUCAGCUGUGUCUGGCUUCGCUCUACAUCAUGAUGACACUCACAAACUGGUACCAACCCGACACCACCACCCAAGCCAUGCAGAGCAGCAUGCCAGCCGUGUGGGUGAAGGUUGGCUCCAGCUGGCUGGGCCUAAGCCUGUACCUGUGGACCCUCAUCGCACCGCUCGUCUUCCCUGACAGAGAUUUCAACUGAGUAGGUCUUUUAUUUACAAUUGGCUUUGUUAGAGGCAUACGGGAAAUGGAAUGGAAAUAAUACAGGAAAUACAUUUGAAUAUAUAUAUAUUUUUUGCUCUUCUUUGAUUUUGCUCCUCAUUGUUCAAUGACUCUGAUAAUCAACUGCAGCUAUCACUUGGCCGAGCAUUAAGUUAACGGGAGCUUUAAGCCGCAAGAAGUUAUUCUGUGUGCCGGUGACUCACCUUGAUAGGCUUCUUCCUGCCACUUGCCUGAUAUGGCGUGACUGUGUGCGCCGUUAUCUCCUUGCUGAACUUGAGUUACUUCACUAUCAAAUAGACACAGCGACGAGGCACUUUCGCAAGACAGUACAACCAAUGUUCCAAUUUUAGAAGACGUGUUGAAAACCAGAAUCAUGAGUGUUUCUAUUGGCCACAUGUGGAUACCGUUCUCUUUUUGAUUAGGUGGGGGAAAUGAGGGGAAACCUCCUUUUGAGCCCCAGUGAGAGAAGCGUGUGAGAGCGAGAUAAGACUAAAUUGGCACACCCCACAGAUGAAGACGAGGGUUCCCUUUUGCAACUAGACUGUAUACACAAACACAUCUUUGCACUGCCUGAGACUGAACAGAUCACUCGUUUAAUGUCAUAUCUCUCUGGUCUGCUACUAAACCAAGGUCACCUAUCCCUGAUGUAACACCUUCUCCAUGUCUGACUGUGUUUGGCCAUGUUGAGCCAUGUUCAACCAUCUGUACCUGCAUAGCAGUCAGCCUGCAGCAGGCAGGGAGACAUAUUGAUCUUUGCCAGUCGACCUCACGUGAUGUGCACCAGGCUCCGUGUGCUCACACAUAUGCCAUCAUUUCCAAUAUGCUGUGUGCCCUUGGUAUUAACAAUUUGCGUUGCAGUGACCGUGAAUGUGUUUUGAUCUGAAGUCGGUGGUUUUAAAAUGACAGUGAUGUUAAUUGUCUUCAUUAAAUGGUGGUUACCUGCAUUUCACUAUAAUGGGUGCUUGUACCAAUCCCGAAAGCGUAUUUGUUAUCAUACAUGAAUUAUUUCAGAAACCCAAUCAGAUGAACCAAGUGUCUUGUGUGCUGCAUAUUACCCUUUUUGGAUGGAUUUUUUUUUUUUUUUUUUUUGUAUGAAAUAUUUUUCAGUGUUCUACAGUUUUCCAUCAUCACCUGACUUACAUACACUAUCAAAGCAGAAAUCCAAGUGUUCUAUUAUAAUACGUGACAUUUCAAGUGCCUUUUUGUAUUUGUCUAUUAUUUUAUAUGAAUCUUUCAUGCUGAUACUGUAUGUGCUUGUCUUGCCUUACUCAUGGUGAGCCAUUGCAUGCAUAUGCUCAUGGCAAGUUAGUAUUGUAUGGACAUUGGUUUUUAUUAAAGAUUAAACACUUUAAUUCAG